AACCAGGGCGUGGCUCAAUUUUGCAGAAGAUGUUGCUUUUGAAGGCCGUAGCCUUUUCUCUCUUCCUCCGUCUCUCCUUCUCUCAGGCUAACUAUUCUUACACUAGUACACCCAGUAGGCUCCCGGGACAAGAUGCUGUUUAUGUUAUAGCUACUGUUGGUCAGAGUCAAUCCAUCUUCUGUAACAUCACCAAUGACCAAACCGGAGAUAUAGUGCCUCCUGUCUGGUCUUUAUCUACAAUAAACGGCAGCCAGUUUGAUCUCUCAUUUAAUGACACCAAUGGCUUGUCAGACGAUCCUUCUUUAUCUCUCAUGAUUUCUGGUGGUGAUACCAACCUCACUGUACUUGCUUUUACUGAAUACUACAAUAGAGCAAUCUUCAGUUGCGGUCCAAUGCCUGGGACUGUGCUUGAGAGAUUUGUGAUUGGUAUCUUAAAUCCCCCUACUUUGAUUGGAGAUAUAUCAACUGUUAAUGUCACUGAAGGAGAAAGCGAAACGAUUACACUAGUUAGCCAAAGCAGUAAUCCAUUUCCUCCAUUUUAUACACUGGGCUACAAUGGAGAUAUUAACAGCUUCAUACUAACAAAUACGUCACUCUGGAUUAGUAAUGCCCAGAGAAACAUGUCAGGAAACUAUACCUUCUUUUUGAACCAUGCUAGUGGAAAUUUGAGUGCCACCUUUACACUUAAUGUACAGUAUGCUCCUAGCGGUAUCCCAGUUGACACUGCUGCUUAUGGAAGGAUUGGUGAUAAUAUCACUUUGACACUGUUCAGCAACUUGUCAGGCAAUCCUUUUCCCAGGGUUGAAUGGUAUUUUGAUGGAGAUAUUCUCUCUGAUGCAAGCAAAUAUGACUUGUCUCAUCCAUUGAAGUUGAUAAUAAUGAAUGUUGAUAGUGACGAUUUUGGCUCUUAUACUGGAUAUGCAAUAAACAUAGCUGGCAACAUUUCGUCAGUCAUAACUCUAACUGAAGCAGUGCAGCCAGGAACUCCAUUGAGCCUGCAAGAGUCCAAUGUCACUCAUAAUUCUGUUUCUAUCAAGUGGAUGGAGCCUGCUGAUACUGGAUUACCACAAUUAUCUGGAUAUAUAGUUAUGAUCAAUCCACCAGUACCAGGCAAUCCAUUUGUUACUGCUGAUACUAGUAUAUCAAUUAAUGGCCUUUCUCCUACUGCCCAAUACUCUGUAUCAGUAGCAGCUGUGUCUUCUGCUUAUCCUGAAGGAGGGAAUGAGACCAGUCUUAGUUUCACAACAACUGAUGGACCUCCAGAAUUCAGAACUACAGCAAUUACACCGCUACCCAAUGCCAAUAUUAACAUAGCAUUAGAAUUGAGACACACUGGAGGUGCUGGAAAUGAUGCAGUAUCAAUAGAUGCCUACUGCUCAACAGACAUGGAUUAUGGCUUAGGCAGUGGCAGUGGAGAUCACAAUAUGAAUUAUGCCAAUACUUUCACAUACUCUUGUGAAGAAAGAUGCUUUGAUGCUGGACUCAUGGCCAGUUUUUCACUUGGUCCUAUUACUGCAGGAAGCCAAUACUACUGCUUUGUGAAUGCAUAUAAUUUAGUGGGAGGUGCUACUUUAAGACAGAACCUUGUCCCAGUAAUAGGUAAACCUUCCAGGCCAGUGGUAGCAGUCUCAACUAGCCCAGGACUAAUCAGUGCUUCUUUACUGUGCCAGUAUGCAGGGAUACUAGCAGGAAGCAGUCUCUCCUUUAACAUGACAGUGGAGACAGACCAAGGAAGUGAACUAUACACUCAGGCCUAUGAAUACACAGACUACACUAAUAAUACCAACAGAAGUGUCUCUAUACCAGUGAAUGGUGGAAUGAUGUAUUAUGUAGAAGUAUUUGCCAUCAAUGAGCAUGGAUACUCAGAAUUGACAAGAUUAGGACCAUUCAAUGUAACUGUGAAUGUUACUGAAGCACCUACAGAAGAAGAAUCUACUCGUUUGCUGAUAAUAAUAAUUGGGGCAUCAGUUGGAGGUUUGAUAGUAGCUGUGGUCUUUAUAUCCAUCAUCAUUUGUAUUUGUGGAUGCUGCUGCAAGAAGAGGAAAUCAAGGACUGUACAGUUUCAUACGAGUUCAGCACAGACCUGGAGGAGAAGUGAUUCUCGAGCAAUGGAAAUGAGUCAAAGAUACCGUCGCUGAACAAUAUCCCAUAGAACAAACCAUUAACCUUAUUUUUACACGCUAAAACACAAAAAUAUUUAAAAGUUUAAUAGCA